CCACAGACAGAUGAGAUGACACUGGGAGUGAAUUGUUGUCUCUAUUUUUUGUUACCAAGAAGAAUAUUAUAAUCAGUAAACUGAGUAUUAUUGAUACCCCUUGUCACUUAGAAGUGAUACUCUUUGGAAGAGGGCCUCAGUGACGAGACCAAAAUGUUAUGAUGAUCUGCUGAUCUGUUCACUGUAACAUUUUAUAACCUUAUAAUUGCUAUUUUUAUUAUAUAAUUUAUCAACAAUGGCAAGCAAAAGACAAGCAAUUAACAAGCUCAAGUCGUUAUGUACUGUAACACUUGGCGGGGCUGUAGCUUACCAGUUAAUUUAUUAUACGAAAGAUUUUAACGGUUACUAUGUCAAUAUUUUGCAACCACUUAUCCAGUAUCUUAGCCCAGAGUUGGCUCAUAAUCUUGGAGUUAAGGCUAUAAAAUAUGGUAUCUUCCCCUCAGAAAAAGGAGAUGAUCCUCAAAUAUUGAAAACCAAAUUCCUCAAUUAUGACUUGAGUAACCCUAUUGGAAUCGCUGCAGGUUUUGACAAACAUGGUGAUGCUAUUAUAGGCUUGAGAAACUUAGGUUUUUCUAUUGUAGAAAUUGGGUCAGUCACACCAAAAGCACAACCUGGGAAUCCUAAGCCUAGAGUUUUUCGUUUACCUGAAGAUGAGGCAGUUAUUAACAGAUAUGGUUUCAAUAGUGAGGGUCAUGAACAAGUACACAAGAAAAUAGGAAUGCUAGACAAGGCAUUGUUGGAUAAAGGAUUAUUGGGAAUCAAUUUAGGCAAAAAUAAGUUGUCAGAAAAUGCUAUUGAGGAUUAUAUUUUAGGUAUAAAAAAAUUCUCAGAUGUAGCAGACUAUUUUGUCAUAAAUAUAAGCAGCCCCAACACUCCAGGCCUAAGGUCACUACAGAAAAAAGAGGAAUUGUAUCAACUUUUGAAAAAAAUCAAUGAAGCCAGAAACUCUAUUAAUUCAAAUAAUAAACCUCCACUGCUUUUAAAACUUGCUCCAGAUCUAACCCAUGAUGAAAUGAAAGAGAUUGUAUCAGUAAUCUUGCAAACUGAAAGCAAAGUUGAUGGAUUGAUAAUCUCAAACACUACAAUCGAAAGACCCCAGCUCCAGAAUAUAGAGCUUUCAAAGGAAACUGGAGGGUUGAGUGGAAGACCACUAGCUAAUAAGUCUACUGAAAUGAUUAAGCAAAUGUACAAAUUGACUAAAGGUAAAGUUCCCAUCAUUGGUGUUGGUGGAGUAUUUACGGGCCAAGAUGCCUAUGAUAAAAUAUUGGCAGGAGCAAGUGCUGUUCAGAUAUACACAGCUUUGAUAUACCACGGACCACCAGUUGUGACAAAAAUAAAAAAUGAACUGGCUGAACUCCUGCAACGGGACGGCUAUAAAAAUGUAAAUGAAGCUGUUGGAAAAGGAGUCACAAAAUAAUAAGUAACAGUUUAUUGUAAAAAAAUACUACCUCAAUAUUACAACUUUGUAUUUACAGUUGACUAGUCUUAAUUUGAUUCAAGAUAAGAAAAUAUACAAUGCAAUUUAAUCUUCACACUAUUAUUAUAUAAUUAUAUUUGUUUUUA